AUGAUCCAUCUCGACACUAAAUUGGUGUCGCUACUAGAAUGGAUUCACAAUACUCAAGAUGAGAAGCUUAAGCCUUCGUCAUAUUCGUACAUUUCACCCAAGCUUGAAGUCCGUGAUGUUAAAGGGUCGGGUAGAGGUAUUUACACCAAUGGCCAUCUCAACAAGUCAGAGUUGGUAAUACGUAUCCCACCGUCAUUCUUACUUAACACAACAACUGUGUUGUCUCAUAUUUCCAAGUACAAUACAAUUGCAAGUCUAUCCACCUCCAACAUUUACACUCCGUUUGAAACAAUUCAUGAUGAAUUCACCAAGAUCUAUGAAUCACUAACUAAAGAAGAAUUACUCGACCUUUCGUCGUUUCAAUUGUUAGGAAUGUACAUUACUAUAGAAACUCAACGAGGCAAGUCCUCCUUCUGGAAACCAUUCCUUGACAUGUUACCUUCUAUAGCAGACUUUGAAUUAAUGCCAUUGGUAUGGCAGAUCAACAACCAACACGAUCUCCUUGAUUUACUUCCACAACCAAUCAGAAAAACCAGCGAGAAAGUAUAUACAAGGUUUACGUCAGAUUACAAUACAGUGACAGCUCUUCUCCAGACAAAAAUUGACAAUACAGAAGCAGUUCUUCCCCUCGACCAGUUCCUCCUUGCUUGGAUUUGUAUUAAUUCCCGUUGUCUUUACAUGAACCUCCCCACAUCCAAAUCAGCAAGUGAUAAUUUUACCAUGGCUCCAUACGUUGAUUUUUUGAAUCAUUCGCCUAAUGAUCAUUGUACUUUGAAAAUUGAUGGUCGUGGGUUUCAAGUGUUUUCCACAUGUGCUUAUUCCGAAAAUGAACAAGUGUAUUUAAGUUAUGGUCCUCAUAGCAACGACUUUUUGCUUUGCGAAUAUGGGUUCACUAUUUCUGAUAAUAAGUGGAAUGAUUUGGAUGUCACAGAAUACUUGAGGCCUUUGUUCACUAGUGAACAGAAACGAUUCUUGAAAGAACAUGAUUAUUGGGGUAACUAUACUGUGAAUAAAGAAGGGAUAUCGUUUAGAACAGAGGUUGCAUUGGCUGUUCUACAGGAGAAUACACCAACUGAAUCAAGAAAGUUGAUGGGGUUGAUCAACGGUAUAACUGAUGGAGUGGUAUUCAAACUUAAAUCAGAUAUACUUCUUAAAACUAUAUUAAACAAAGUGAUUCACGAAGCAGAACAGUAUAAACAUCUUGAGUUCAAUAACGAAACAGACUUAGUCACUAGAGAAAGAAAGAAGGUUAUUGGCGGGUUAUAUAACGAUAGAGUAACCAUUGCAACGAAUGUACUUUCGAAUCUAUAG